AUGGGGAAAACCAGAGGUUUCAAGCUUGGACACAAGCUGGUCACGGUGUUCAAAUGGUGCCUUCGUCGGCGCACACGGCGGAGAGCCACAUAUCAGCAGCUGGAGCCAUCGCACAGCAACACUGGAGCUGUUUCAAAGAUCUGCAAAUGGGUUCAGUCAUUGAAGCAUGGGGCUAAAGGCUUAUGUUAUGCAAAAAAUGGUUCGGGUCGUUACAUACGGGUCGGGCAAGAACCGGUUGAGCCGGUGAGUGUACGAAAAGGGGACCUGGCUGUGUACGUGGGCGACAAGGAGGAUGGCACGUGUCGUGUCUUGGUGCCUGUGACGUAUAUAAAUCACCCCUUGUUUGGAGAACUGUUAAGGGAAGCUGAGAAGGUUUACGGGUUCAAUCAUCCGGGUGGGAUCCAGAUUCCUUGCCGGAAAUCCGAAUUUGAGAAUGUUCAGAGGAAGAUCGCCGCCGCGUGCGGUGUUGAUAGCUGCCGUGGGAAGCGGAGCUGGAGGCUGAAGUGA